UGGGCUCGCGCAGGCGCGGUGCGGGCCGAGCCGGCGGAGCGUGGAUCAAAGAUCUUUGGACGUGGGUCGGCGCCAUGUACCGGGUGGAGGAACGCGGGCUGAGCAACACCACCUCUUACCGCCUCUACCUCAGGAAUUCCCAGGGUCAGAUCCUGUCUCCUUUCCAUGACAUCCCACUUUGGGCUUCAGAGUCACAGAAUGUGUUUAACAUGGUUGUUGAAGUUCCUCGUUGGACCAAUGCCAAGAUGGAGAUUGCAACAAUGGAACCCUUGAAUCCCAUUAAGCAAGACAUUAAAAAGGGGAACCUGCGAUUUGUGGCAAAUAUUUUCCCUUAUAAGGGAUAUAUUUGGAAUUACGGUGCCCUGCCGCAGACAUGGGAAGACCCCAAGCACACCGAUGAAUUGACUGGAUAUGUUGGAGACAAUGAUCCUAUUGAUGUCUGUGAAAUCGGAACCAAAGUGUGCACAAGAGGUGAGGUGAUCCAGGUUAAAGUUCUGGGGACUCUGGCUUUGAUUGAUGAAGGUGAAACCGACUGGAAAAUUAUUGCCAUUGAUAUCAAAGAUCCUGAGGCAGAUCAAUUUAAUAAUAUCGAUGAUGUGGAAAGGCUGAAACCGGGAUAUCUUGCCGCCUCCGUUGACUGGUUCAAACGAUACAAGUUGCCUGAUGGUAAACCUGAAAACCAGUUUGCGUUCAACGCCGAAUUCAAGGACAAGGACUUUGCCAUGAAGGUGAUCAAAAGCACACAUGCUUUUUGGAAAGCUCUGAUAAUGAAACAAUCCCCAACUAAAGGAAUCAACUGUACAAACACCACCGUGUCUGGCAGCCCGUCCCUGUGCUCUGAACCUGAUGCUGCUACUCUUUUGAAUAAAUUGCCAGAAUUUGGAAUGGGCGACUCGACGGCAGCAAAUCUGGACCUGUGGUGGUACGGGAAGAAGAAUUGAGCGAGGUACUUGGUCUUGGCUGUUGUCGUCCAAAUUCUUGCUGCUUCUCGGUUCAAAAAAAGGGAUAAGCGAAGACUACUACUUAAUGUACAUCUGUGAAGAGUAGAAUAUACUUUGGAUAAUUAUAAAGUGUGGCUCCCAAUAAAUAAAUGUUCACUCUUG